GCUCUUGAGGGGUUCAGGUCUGAGUCUAAAGAGAACGUGCCUUGUGGUGUAAGGAUUGCUGUUGAAAUUACUCUCUGCAACCAUAUAAUUAUACACUUAGAGGAGUACGUGAUAUUAAUUCGCGUUGUACCCUUUCAACCUCAAGGCAAAAGUAUUUUAAAAGGAAAGAGGAGAUUGGAGUGGUCUUUUGAGAAUUCUCUGCUGAUGACGCGCGCCUCCCAGCGAGAAUCCUUCGUAAUUUCAUUGCUCCUCUCACGUUUUCUACCUAAAGUACUAGCAAAUUGUCUUCCCUUUCUUACAGUUUCGACGAUGGCCGCCGGUAAAGAAAGAAAAUCGAGGUUUCAUAAAGUGCAUCGUGACACGAACGGAAACGAGCAAGCAGGAAGGAUUGCGGCAAUUGAUGAAGGACCUUUCCGUGGUUUACGACACCAGACUCGUCUGACGGUUGCGCAAUUUUCAUUGAACCAUCAUGGGAUAAUCCAGACUUUUCGAGGCAGGAACGAACGUACAGGAUGUUGAAGAAAAUAUGGUAAUGAUCGAGUAUCUGUAUCGCGUAUACUUACAAUACUGUUGAACAAAGUGAACAUAAUUUCAGAUGAAUCAACAGUGUCUUGAACUUUGUUGAAUGUAAAGGAGCUGUGCGCAUUGAUCUCGGUUAUCUAGGCCUGUCGAGCUACCAGUAUCUUUCCCUUUCACUGCUACCAUGCAGAAAAAUCCGCUAGAACUCUGCACGUAUACUUGCGUUCGCUUUUUCGACGUGUACACGUUCACGUUGGUCGGUUUAAUAUGGUCACGUGUGCACGUUCAUGGUUGUAUAAACGAGAAUGACAAAAUCUUCCAGACGAAAGGAACGAAUCUCAUUUCGUUGCUUUGAAGCAACAGCGUAUAAGAAAAAGGAAGGAUUCCUUUUAAACUUUACCAUCGCCACGUUUAUUCACCGUCUGGAUUCAAAUGAAACCGAGCAGCUUUCUUCAAAGAUAUUGGAAAUAUGGGUGCAACGCGAUGCACCUGACGAAUUACAAAACGCACGAGACAAUGGGGAAGACGACGCAUUAUCUCUCCGGUGUCUUAUUUAGCACACGAGGAGGACGGAGGGUGAUGAUUUUCAACGCAUCAAACAUCGGCUCAAGUACGUGGGAGAAGAGGAGGAGGCCCCAGGUGUAAUCAUCAGCAUGCCGUGUAUCCGGGCAUUGAAUUCGAGGAUUCUCCUCGCCCUCCUUCGUGGAUCCUCUUCAUUGUGCAUACUUCUCCUCCGAGCGCGCUGAUCUUUCGCAACAUCACCCGGCAGGACCAAGCGAAUCCAAUCAUCGGGGAAAAAAAUGUGCGAAUCCCGACAAAACGAUCGGAUGUGUAAUCGAUUCUGAAGAGAUGAAGAUUGAUGUUUCGAUAGCAGGCUAGUAAUUCUUUUCAUCGAAUGAAAUUUACUUGGAGGAAAUUAUUGCAUGGUAAUAAUAGAGUAAGAAGUGCCUUUGAACCUUUUACUGUAAAGAAGAAACGUAUUAAUAAUGACAUAAUGAAUCCAACGUUAUUACUCGAAAAAGGCAAUAAAGCGAGGGAUAUGACAGUUUUGAAACAAGGGCAGGGAAAGCCACUUCCCUUCACAGCGUGAUAUAGAAUACUCGUGGAUCUACAUAUGUGCCGAACGAGUGACUGACCCACGAUUCCUUUGAGAACUUGCAUAACCGAGCAACGUACACUACAACCGCCUCUCACUUCGUUUGAUGCUGUCCGGGCUGAUUUUGUUCGGGCUAACACGUACCUCCUAUACCGAGUCCGAGGUUGAAAUUCGUUCAACAGCCCGUGACGAUACGAUCUACCAGAAGAAAUGGAAUAUAAAAAGGAGGACCAUUAUUUAUUUCUGAAAGUGUAUUAAUAUUUAUCAAUAUGGCAAGAGAAGAAAACCAAGAAUAUUUUCCAAAGACAACAAACACCAGCAAGACAAAGAGAGGUGUACCCGUGGUUGAUGGAGAGAAUCAGCUGGAAAAAGAUAUCUGGAAUUGUCUUGGACACAUACCGGUUCGCUAAGGGGCCAAUCGAAGGAGAGGCUUUCUCCUGGAUCACGGUCCGUCGGUGUUCCUUCGCACCGAGUCUCCUCGACAUCUGGAGGGGAUAUCUAUAUAGUCUGUCCAUUCCGGCCGAGCCCCUUCAAACUGUUUGCGAUCCUAUGCCCGUGUGCGCGUAUUGCAGAUCUAUCGAGAUCGAUUCGUGAUUAACCGGUGCGUCCUCUCCACGAGAUCCUCUCGGAGAAGAUUGCCAGUUCCUUAUCGAGGGAAGAAUAGCAUAGGAGAGAUUGAAAAAAAGAUUUCUGACGUAGAGAGAGGAGAGCAAAGGGGCAUGGCUCGAUGGUGGUGCGUUGUGAGAAAGUGCAAUAGAGAACAGUAAAGCGCGAAACGUAGCCGAGUCCGGAGGUUUUUCUUUUUUCACCGGAAGUUGGAAAGGAGAGACGCGGGAAUUGGUUGAACAGUACACUGGUACCGGAUAUACCCUGCACCAUGAUUGUGCAGAGGUGUCUAUCGUUCGCAGUACCGAUCUGCUUGAUCCUGUCGAUUGAAUUUGGCACGAUCGAAGGUGAACGAUGGUCGAGACAGGUGUCGAACAGCGAAUGGAUCCCAUUGGCAAAUCCCAGGGCCACGCAGACCCAGAUAGAGCAAAAUAAUCCAACCGGACUGCUGGCAAGCGGUAGUGCUCAAGUGCCACAAGUUCCACAAUUAUCUCUGCCACCUCCGCUUCAGCAACAGUACCAGGAACAACUUCUGCAACUGCAGAAGACGCAAGAGAGCAUCCAGAAACUGUUGCUGUUGCAGCAACAGUUGAAAACCCAGCAGCAACUUCUACAGUCUCAGACAUUCCUACCCAGCGGAUUUAGUAGCCAAGAAGAGGACAAGCAGCUUCGCCAGAGUGGAUUAACGAACUCGCAAACGUUACCAGACGUGGCUUCCGAGGAUUUAGUGCCGCCCCUUCCCGCAUCCGAAGCGUUGCCGCCGGUGUUUCCAGCGCAGAACUUCUUCCAGCAACGACCCCGACCUCCUCCCACUCCGUCGAAGCAAGAUCUUCCUCAGGAAUUUAUCAAUUUGUCCGGACAAGAAUUCAAGAGCGGUCAGCUGUUGCCGCAAGGUCAGAACCUUGGAAACGUCGGGCAGAUAGAUGAGAAUCAGAGGCAAGGAGCGAAACACCUGGGAGAAACGCUACCUCAAGGUGUGAAUGCUCAAGAUGAAGAAGAAGAGGUACAGCUGGUGUACGUGCCGGCUGAUACUUUGGCGCAACGAGGUCAGCCGAAAAGAGGACGAGGAAGAAAGCAGUACCCGCACCGUCAACAGCAGCAACACCACCGCGACAAUCAAGGUGUCGAUACCAGCGCCAUCGCGCCCGACCAGGACGCCUUCACUCGCCAAUUGUUGCAGCAGAUACAAAUCGAGGAAAAAGCGCAGUUCUUCAACGAAGAGAGAUUGAAGGAGAUUGCCAGAUUGAACGAGGAGCAAAGGGAGCUCGAAAGGAAUGCUCGUCUUCAGGAAGAAGCGAUGCGAAGAGAACAAGAGUUGCAGAGACAGCGGGAGGCGGAGAAGAAGAGGAAAGAGCUGGAGGAAAUAGAGAAGCAAAGGGAACUGGAAAGAAUCCGCGAGGCCAGAGAGAAGCAACGAUUGGAGGAGCUGGAGCAAAGAAGAUUAGCAGAGAUUAGAGCGAAGGAGGAGAAGAGGAGAGCCGAAGAAGCGGCUAGGCGAAGAGAGGCUGAAGAGGCAGCUAGAAGAAGAGAAGCCGAGGAGGCAGCCAGACAAAGAGAGAUCGAAGAAGCAGCCAGACAAAGAGAGGCUGAAGAAGCAGCUAGACAAAGAGAAGUUGAGAGAUUAGCUGCCUUGGAGAGGAAGAAGGAACAGGAGAUGCAGCGGGCUCUGAAACAGCAACAGCUGCUGGAGAAGCAACGUGAAGAGGAAGCGAGAGUUAGUCGUUUGAGAAAUGAGAAUCAGGAACCUCCGGCGCAAGCUCUCCCUCUGAUCAAGGAUCAACAACAACAGUUUCAUCGUCAGCACCUGACUGAAACGUCGAAACCAGUGAAAAGCAGGAUCAGAGGAAGGACUCGUCAAAGGCCUCACCAUCAGGAUCAACAGAACUAUCGGGAGACCACCACUACCCCUGCACCCUCACCUAACCAACCACCUUUGUCAGUGUACAUGGGAAGCCACAGCUCGAAGACAGCUAACGUGAAAGUAUCAGACGUAUUGAAGAUAUUGAAAGACGCAAAGACGAUCGCUGUUCUGGACACCGUCGGUCCAGAUACACCUCAGGUUUUCGUCGGUCCAACGAAUCUCGACCCUCCCACGGGAUACGCCAAGUUCGAUCUUCCUUAUCUGUCCUCCAUCGAUCACAACAGAGUAGAGAGGAAGGUGGACAAAUUGCCUUUCUUCGUGGCGCCUCUUAGUUUCGAUCCUCCGCCGGGAUACUCCAAGAUUCCCUUCCCGGCACCACACAUCGGUUCGGUCGUCGUGAACACCCUGGACAACACUGAUCCAAAGGACAGCGAUAACCCGAAUCCGAGUCCAACCCCGUUGAUAGAACCUAACUCUUAUCUGGAUGGCCUGAAUAGCGGUUUCGAUUCGACGACUCCUCUGUACGAGCCCCAGACCACCAUUGGCUACACCCAGGAACACUCGAGCACCCCUAAGUACGAACAGACGUACUCGUCAGCCCCGCCGACCGGAUACUCUGGUUCCAGAUUCAGGUUUAGGCAGUACUAUAGCGACAGCAAGCCAGCCUCUGUCGUAACCACCUCUUACUACGACGAUCAGAGGCCUACGACGAGAAAGUACAAGUAUUACGAGGAUAACGUUAGAACCACUGACAAUCCUCUGAUAAACACCAGAGUGGAAACCUCGGUGAGUCAACAGGAGGAGCUUUCCUAUUCCACUACACCGAGGAUCAAGGACGAAUCAAUUCCUACACAGGAUCCUUCGACUAAAGCUCAAGAUAUAGCUGCUCAGUUGGCUCUAAUCAAUCAGGAACUCGCUCAACAAAGAGAGACACAGAGGUACAAUACCGCAGGGCAAUUCAAUCGAUACAAUUCUCAGUCUACGACCGGUCUGGGUCACAGUUUCGACGGUGAAAUCGCUUCUGGUGAUAUCAACGAUGUCAGAGGUCCGAUAGGACCCACCCAGUACAAUUUGCCCGCUGAAUUGCCCGCGAUUUCUCCCCAUCUGCCCGGUUUAGUCAAUUCUCUGUUGGAUAAGAACGAGGGUAAACUUAAGACUAACGCACCGGCUACCACGACCACCACUACGACUACUACCACUACUACCACUCAACGUACUCCCACGACUACUUACAGGCCACGUAGUAGACAGAGGAGCAGAGUUGCUUCUACGAGACCAAGGACAACGACUCAGACACCGUCUACGAGAACGAACGUGGACAGAAGUCGAAGACCUUAUAACAGAUCCAGGUCUAGAUUCACCACCACCACGGAAGACUACCGUGAAUCUGCUACUUACGAGGCUACUAAAUCCAGAAUAGCAGAAACUACAGUGAGGUACAGCACGGAGCAGAGAAGGCCGACCAGCAGAACACAGAAACACAGGGGUCGAGAUAAAGCGAGUCAACAGGCUGAGGCCCUUCAAAAUCAGAACAUUCAAGAAUCAUACGAAAACGUCCCCCACGGCGACUCUGCUUCUCCUGCAACGUCAAACACCUUCCUCCAACCGACAGCUCCAGAUUCCAAUCUUCGUCAAGCUGAUUUAUCCUCGAACACCCCGGAGAAUUAUCCAUCCAACGCGAUCAGCACCACCGAGAACUACCCCUCUCCUCUGCCAGCGAAUCAAGCAUCGCCAUUGAUCUCCGAGGAUUAUUCGAGGAGUCAGAAUUAUCCUCAGAACCUUCCACAGGAUCCACAUUACCGCGGAGGAUACGAUCAGCCUGCUUUAGAACAGAGUGGCCUCGAAACCGCUCCGGUGAACGGAUUCAAUUAUCAAACGCAAAGUAGAGACACGUUCGAGCAGGAAAUUGUCCAGCGACCGAAGGACUAUCAAUUAGAUGGGAAAGCAGAGAACAGCGACAUCGAGUUGGCAACCACUGCGAGUCCACGGCUCGGUGCCCAGGAAGAGCAACGAUAUUCGUCGGUAUACGAGGUGAACGUACCACAGACCCAAGCGGAGUACGGUUUGACUGGGCAGAAUAAUUUACAUCGUUUGGAGAACGAAAAGAUUCAACCCGGCGCCGCUGACCCCGACAACCCGGUAUUCAUUCUACUGCCAGAGAACAAACAAGAGGAUUACGAGCUCUCUGUUUCAUCUACGGAGGCUCCGAUCUCUGAUAUCACAACAGAGGCUACCACGACGAGUACAACCCCCGUGAUAAUCCGUCAACGAGUUCGAGGACGCGUAGGAUCUCGCGUCCACCACGAGUCCUCGGUUCAAACCCGAAACAGAGGCUCCCAAGACGAAUACGUCCGUUUCAACGUGGUCAAUCAAGAAUCCACUCGAACGUCUCCCAGUCGACAGCGAGGUAGAUCCAGAUCGCGUACCCAAAAUCAUGGGUCACAAGUUGAAACCGAUGGCAACGAGUACAUCAAGAUCCACGUCGCUCAGCAGCAGAAGCAGGUCGCCACCACGACCCCUCUGCCGCCUACGACUACCACGACCACCACUACCACCACCACCACUGUACGCCCAACGGAAGAGGACAUUGAUUACGGAUUUAUCAGGCCACCGAGUUUCCGACCGGUACAUCCGGUGGAUAACAGAUUUCAGGCACCUGUUACGUUCCGGCCCCAGCUUUCAGAGCAUCUUCUACAGGCGCCACACCAAUCGCUGUUACCCAAUGACGAGACCGCAAUGGAAUUGAGUCCUCCGCAGACACAGUUACUGAAAACUCGGCAAAAAUAUCAAUCAGCGCCGAAUCGUCGUUUACCAGGAAAAGCCACGACCCUACCACCGCCGACCACGACCAUAGAAACCAUCGCGAGCACCGAAAGAGUACCUGUUGCCACGCUGCUGCCCGACGACAGUGUAUAUACAGAGAGACCGAAGCCCAGAACCGACGAGUCCAAACAGAGCAGAAUAAGGAGUAGAGUUCGACGACCCGGAAGAAAACGCGUGUCCAGCAGCAGUACCACUACCGAAUCGGUGUUGGAAGCACAUAACGAGCUACCAUUGGACGAAAAUUACCCUCGAAUACGUCCUCAAUCCACCAGUACUGAACAAGCACAUCAGCAAAAUCUGUACGAUGAUAAUUAUGAUGGCGGUCCACAGUUCCCUCCAGUGAGGAAUCCAGAGAGUCAACAGUUUUAUGAAACAUCCAGUGAGAAUUAUCCUGCCGAGUUCGUCCUGAAUUUUGGCAACUACCCGUCCCAACCGGUGCAACGCGAGGAAUAUGACCAAACACAGUUAGCCAGCGAGCUACCACGAAGAUACAGCCAAGCAACUGGAGCAAAGACGACCUCGGAAGAUUCACGUUCGACGACGGCGGAUAUUUAUGGCGCCGAGAGUCAGUGGUCCACGAAAUUGACUAGGACCUCGUUCCAGCCGAGUUUCGCAGUGAACCGUGUACACGGAGAGGCGAAAAAUGAUCGUGAAUGGUUCCACGAGUCGUCGAAAGAUUCGAACGUUCCGGACAUAAUCACCGCCGCGCCGGAAGUUUCGUCCGUCACGCUUGUGGUUUCUUCGGACGAUAAGAAGAGCGAGGAGACAGAGGAGGAUGAGGAGGAGUCGAUGCUAAUGGGCACCACGAUAUUCGGCAGGAAAACGAACACGCAGGAUCACACGGAAGGGAUGAACGCUAGCGAUACAACGACUGAGACUCCCAGCACUAUAAUGAGAGAAAGAGAAUUGAAGAGAGAUCCGCAGUCCUGGUUGAUGGACAGGGUGGAAAGUUCCACGGAGCAACGUGGCGAUAUUGAUUUCGAGAAAAGUCAGAAGAGGAUUGGCGAUGGCGGUGUCGUUAAAAAGGGUACACGAAGAAGAAGGGUUCGCGUAAGGGUCAGACCAGCCGUGGACGACUUCGUCACAGCCGAGUCUCAGCAUUUCAAUUCAGCUCUGAACGGUAUAUUCAGAGAUCAAUACAAAUACAAUUCAGUCCGUGAAUCUAAGCAUUCAGCCUCGUCGAAUUCAGAUAAAUUCGAUCAACAAGAUUUCGAGAGCCUGAAGAACAACGAUCCGGCGAAGUCUACGUCCACCGAGGUACCAGAAGCUGCGUGGACCAUGCCUCCAGCAAUAACAACUCCGAUGAGUAUCCCUGACGAUACCGAAGAAACGACAACGGAGGAACAGAUCACCACUCUACCAACGACAAACCAGCCCGAAGAUACCACAAUUACACAAUCCUCGUACGAGGAUUUUGUCUCUCGAUUCACCGAGUCGAGCGACACCGUGGAAACCAGCGACGAGCCGAAAAAGAAGAAGGAUAACUGGAGGGAUAAAAGCGUUCGAGUGACCUUGAACCUCGGAUCGAUCGCGGACGCGAUGAAGGAGAACGACGUUAACAAAUUAAGCGACGGGUCCAACGAAGCAACUCGCGAUGAAAAAUUAAACAAAGUAGAGAAAGAGAGCUCGGUAGAAAAUGAAGAAUCGAACGAGGAAAACGAUGAUCAUCCGAAGAAUCAUCGAGCAAAGUGGAGCGAGGUGAGGUAUCCUUCCUCCCUCGACCAUCCUCAAGCGUCCGGUUGGAAGUACGAACGAAAAACUGGUGGAAAAUCCUCUUCGAUUCCUGGAUUGAUUACCAAACAGGAGGGAGACAAUAGCGUGAAGACGCUCUCCGAUUACGUGCAGGCUAUCUUCGACACGAUGAAGAGCGCGGAAGAGGAAACUACUAUCGCCGAGGCUGAAAGGCCAGAAGAAUCCACGACUCUUCCGACUCCGUUCGACAACGAGUUCGUUGAAAGUCAGGAAAGGACAACGACGAAGGACGUCGAGGAUAAAACGACCGCUCGAGCGACCUUGGACGAAGAGCAGCAGACGACGAGAAACGUGGACGUAAAUGGCAAAGUGGAGAGCACAGAACCGACGACUAACAUCGAUCUGGAGAACGCAACGACCUCGGGGAAGGUUACUACGAGCCAGGAAAGCGUCACGAGUUCGUCAUCCGAGUAUUCGACGGAUCUACCUACGACCAUUCCUCCAAGGACCACUCCGUCGACCAGUAAUUCGACAGAGACCAUCCUUGGAAAGAUCCUGAGAACCUCGACGACCACCAAGGUCUCGCACAUGACGGAAAUUUGUUACAGAGGGCGGUGCGUGAUGACCAGGCCCAGUAGAGAAGUUCGUCUGAGAUGAAGUUCAACUUGAUCGAGAUUCAUCGUUCGAUUCGAAAACGCGGCUGGAAUGGACGCGUGACUGAACGGGCCUCGUUGUUCGCCACCUUCGUAACCGAGUGAUUUUUUUAUUUAUAGAACGGAAGGCUAUCAGAGUUUCCAGGAUGAAUAUAGAGACAACGGUGAUGAGAGUGAAAUUUUAACUCGAGAGUUUGCAGAGUAAUUGUAUGAUUUUUUAGAGAGAUGCAGGGGUGAGUUUCUUGGAGAUCUACCAAAUGUAAUUUCAUUAAUCCUUCAUGUUUUAUUAUUGUAUAAUUAGUGGAAUAUAAAAGAUGAAGAUGAGCGUUGACGCGUUGAUUGCCAUGGAAAGAGAAAGAAUAAUACAAAAUUUAAAUAGCAGUCAAUUAAAGUGGCUAAAUGAAAAAUGAAUUGUACAUAUUCUUUAAUAUAUUUUCUUCUAAUAUGUUUUGUAAUUUAUGUUUCUACCAUGGCAAUGAACGUAUUUAGAGACUGUCAAUUACGGAAAUUAAUACGCUCGUUGUGCAGGUUGAAGCGAAUCGAUUUAAUGAGAGAUGAUUGACUGCAAAUCGAUCGUGGCAUGGCUGUUUAUGAAAACGUAGCCGAAUGUUGUCGCGGCAGCUCGGUUCGAAGCGGAAAACGUAGGCCCGGCCCAGGCCGCUUUAAACGAUAGAGGGCUAAGUCUAUUUAACUUAAUUACCUGCUGCUGUACUGUUGGUAUACGUGUAAGUUAAGCGUUUAAGUAUUUUCAAUAAAAACACGAAGAAAGCAAGGUGACCUUU